GGUCCCCCGGCGGCCGGGAGGGCGCACGCCGCCGUCGCAAACUGCUGACGUGGGCCGGCCGGGAAGGGGGUCGGGGGUGUGGGUCGCCAUGGCGGUGGAUAUCACGCUGCUGUUCCGGGCCAGCGUCAAGACCGUGAAGACGCGCAACAAAGCCCUGGGAGUGGCGGUGGGCGGCGGGGCUGACGGCAGCCGCGACGAGCUGUUCCGCCGGAGCCCCCGGCCCAAGAGCGACUUCUCCAGCCGGGCGCGGGAAGUGAUUUCACACAUUGGCAAACUGAGAGAUUUUCUCCUGGAACACAGGAAAGAUUACAUUAAUGCUUAUAGCCACAUCAUGUCUGAGUACGGGAGGAUGACAGACACAGAGCGAGACCAGAUAGACCAGGACGCUCAGACGUUCAUGAGGACCUGCUCUGAAGCGAUUCAGCAACUGCGAACACAAGCCCACAAGGAGAUACACUCCCAGCAAGUGAAGGAGCACAGGAGUGCCGUUUUGGAUUUCAUUGAAGAUUACUUGAAAAGAGUUUGUAAACUUUACUCAGAACAAAGAGCCAUCCGAGUUAAGCGAGUGGUGGAUAAGAAGAGACUAUCUAAGCUGGAACCGGAACCAAGGACAAAGACCAGGGCAUCCGUGUCUUCUGAGAAAGUUUCACGGAGUCCUUCGCAAGACUCUGAAGAAAAACCUGUCACUGAAGAAUAUCCAGAAAAGGUUCCGGCUGAAUCCCAACCCAAAUUGGGCACGUGGGGAGACGGCAAAGGUGAAGACGAAUUAUCCCCAGAAGAAAUACAGAUGUUUGAACAAGAGAACCAGCGCCUAAUUGGUGAGAUGAACAGCCUGUUCGAUGAAGUGAGGCAAAUCGAAGGGAGAGUGGUUGAAAUUUCCAGGCUCCAAGAAAUAUUCACAGAGAAGGUUUUACAACAGGAAGCCGAGAUCGACAGCAUUCACCAGUUAGUUGUAGGGGCGACUGAGAAUAUCAAGGAGGGCAACGAAGACAUCAGAGAGGCCAUCAAAAACAACGCCGGCUUCCGAGUGUGGGUGCUCUUCUUCCUGGUGAUGUGCUCCUUCUCCUUGCUCUUCCUGGACUGGUACGACAGCUAGUCUGCCCUGCUCGCUCCUGGCGCAUGGGGCGCUGUCGAGGGUCUCCGGCAUCGGACCAGGGCUGUGCCCAGAUCCUACCACGUUGGGGGGAGGGGGCGGUGGCAGAGCUACGUGCUCCCACAAAAGGGACACCCAGACCUGUGGUCUUAGCCCGUUUAGUAGCUGAAAAAGAAACUAAUGAACACAAAUUGACAGUGGACUGUGUGGCACUCCUGAGGCAGGGUGGAAGAGAGGGGGGUCGUUACUGGCUGCACCCAAACUGGCGGCCCACGUGGAGGGGCUGCCCGGAGGCGGGGCUCAGGGAGGCACCGACCUGGCCCUUCCAGUGGCUUAGGGAAGAGUGCUGGGUGAUAACUUCUCACGGCAAGCGACCAUCACUUAGUUUCCUGUGGCUUCUUGUCUGCCUGAGCCAAGUGCUACAGAGUCGCUACGUUGUAGAAAACUCGCCUUUGCCUCACAAAUAUAAUAAAUGCAACUACAGUUACUUCGUGUAAUAUCAGUGGGUCCAGAUACAGAAGGUCGGCGGACGCCUGCCUGCCCGUGGGGGAAGGGGUGUGGGGACAGACCCUGGGCCCUCAGCAAGGGGCUGCUGGGGCCCAAGGAGCAUUUGUCUGCCCUUGGGCCCGUGCACCUGUCCCUCUAGAACAGGUGUUCCUGUUUGCAGUGGGAACCACAUCUGUGCAGAGAGCAUGCUGGUGUUCACGGGGCCCCAUCUCGGUGUGGGUGCCGAUGGCUCUGCGUUGCCCCCUGCAAAAUCGUGUGCUGUGUAUGCAAAAUCGAGAGUCUGUGGUGCAGCCACAGGGACCCUUGUGUUCUUUCUCUGCACAGAGUGAAAAUGUCAAAAGUUACAUGUGAAUGGAUUUACAGUCAAUAAAACGUCUACUAGAAAAUA